CGAGGGGUCGCUGCCGUUGCUGCCCGGUUCCCCUUGAGCGCUGGCCCUCCUAGCCCAGCAACGCGGUGCUCGGGGCUCUCCGGUCACGCCCACCCCCAGCCGUGAGGCUCCUGCCCGCUUCCCUUCGCUCUUCGGCGGUCUCGGGGCGGGGCGGCCCUCGCUGGCCCGGCAGCAGCGUGGAGGGCCCGAGGCGCGGCUGUGCGAGUGCGGCCCGGCCGGGGGCAGCGCUUCCGCGCUUUUGACUUCCCCGUGUUUGCACCCCCUCCUCCCCGGAGCUCUGGCUGCUCUUGGGCUGCUGCGGUGGCAUUUCCCCUCAGAAGGUGGCGAAGGGGUGACGCAACAGCCGUGGCCAGGCCGCGGGGUGCUCGGGCCUUGGCCCACGCCGUUCUCCUGGCUCGCAUCAUGCCCUGUGUCACUCGUGAUGCGCUUCACUGCCAAGGGAGUGGUUUUUGAAAUAAGGCGUGAAUAUUGCCUGAAGGAAAAGGGUAAGAAGCGAGGCCGGGAGGAAGAGAGCCCCCUCACCUGCUGAGCAGGGCAGCUGCAGUCUGGGGCUGACAAACCGUGAAGGAAGAAUAAGGGAGUCCUGAAGCAGCAGCUGACUCUUUGCUCUUGGACUUUGUCCAGAGGGACUGUUUGCACAUCAGUGCUCUCUCUUACCAGUGGGACCAUGGAAGAAAAGGAGACGUCACCGAGUCACACCUCAGAGAGCAGCAUGUUGGACCUCCCCUCUGUUUGUGACCUAGCAGAGCACUUUCUGCCUCCACAUAGCUCUGAAAACAGCCAGGAGCUUUAUCCUUCUGGGGAUGUUUUUCCCUCUCCACCCACAGGAGAAAGCAAUCCAUCAUCUGCAGCUCCUGCAGGCUGUUCUGCUGAAGGCUCUGAGGAAGCAAACGUGAGCUGUUACCUAAAAGCAGGGCUGUGUGAGCCCUCUGAACCUAAUGAUGCUGUGCUCUCAUGGAUGUAUGAACAUGAUGGUGCAGAAGAUCCCAGCAUCAGAGACUCUCUGGAUAGCUUCUACAAAAUGUAUUGCAGAAAGCAGCCAGAGAGAAAGGAUCCGACCUAUGAGGCUGCCUCACAGUGUCUGUCACAGAAGAUUUCAGAGCUGGAGCAAAAGGACGGAACAAAAUAUGUGUCACGUUGCCUGCAAAUGGCACAGUUGGUCUUGAACAGAGAUGGAUGUAAGAUCUUCCCAAACCACCCCCCUUCUGCUUACUUUUCAAAGCCAGCUGAAGGAGAAGUCUUGUUGGAAAAUAGGAGGACACCUGGACUCUCAGAUGAUGUCCUGCAGUUCCUCUUGAAACAAACACAGGCAGAACGUAGCCCUGAUGUGUCACAUGAGAAGUGAGCAAGACACUGCUUUGUUGCUGUCAUGGAAGCUUUGCUUUCACUCCAGAAAGAGGUGACUUUAUUAGACAGACAUUGUUAUCCAAGCAACACCUUCAGCACCAGAUGCUCCAUUGAGGGCUUCACCCACACCAGACCUUGCACUUUGCUCUUCGAAGGGUUGGGAGGGGUCAUGCAGUGUUUGUUGAUGGGACAUCAAACAUGAUAAUUUAUAUCUACCAGGCUUUUAAAUUGGUCUGCAUCCUUACCCCAGGUUAACAGUGGUCCAGCUCAAAUUCAGCCCCUGGGUGGGCAUUGCUGUCCAAUGCUGUUGGCUAGAACAGAAUGCUUGAAUGACCUUGGCAUGGCGUGCCCCAGCCCUGCAGAGGGAAAGUUAAGAUUUUGUUCUGAAUAUAUGUCUCCAUGUGGUGCCUGUUAGCUCUGUGUUUUUACCUACAGACAUAUAACCCCGCAGUUCAUUACUGCAAUACCAAGUGAGUUUUUCUGACAGAAAAAGUGUGUGUGUGCAUGAGAAAGAGAAAAUACAGCUCUGAGUAUGCUCUCUGACAGUGCUUCUGUCCUAUUUACCUCCUCACCAUUACCGCCCCCAACAACCUUCAGUUCUUUUCUGACUUUCAUGGUGGUGCUAAUGAGAUCCCUGGGGGAAAGUUCCCUUUAAAAUGAAAUGGAUCUCUCUGAGCCCAAAGAGGCUGAUGUCAGUCAGCAACAGAGCAGUGAACACACAGACACUCAAGGUUUCUCUCUCAGAAGCCUCCCAGCUCGGUGGCUUCUUUGUUGCUUUACUGCCUCUGCCAGGCAGAUAAAUGUCUUCGUGCAUGUUUUCCACCCACUGGCCUGUGGACUGAAAGAGCAGUUUGCUGUAGUGGUGUUGUUUGCUGACUGGGGAGGCCAUUCUCCAGCGUGGGUGUGAGCAAGGAAGCACAGAGUGCCAGAGGAAGGGAAGUGUUUAGGAUGACAGCAGAUGGGCGAAGGAGAAAGAAAGAAAGACAGAAAGGGUGGUUGGGGUCUCAAAGGUCACCAUCAGUGUGGUUGCUCCAGUACAGCCACAGUGCUCACACCAAUUUUGGUAUUUGAUGUCCAUUGUUUGCCAGCCCAGCUGCAAACCUCUCAUCCACUCCCUGUCCCCACUGGCCAGAUCUCAGAGUGGGUGUUUGUGUUCCUGCAUGUCACAUUCCCUGGUGCAGUCCCACGUGGGACUGCUAUUCCUGCCUUGCUGCCCCUGGCAGAUUGGCACAGCUGCUGUGCUCUGCAGGUGUGUCCAGCAAAGGCAAUGGAAAUUUGGCUGCUGCCUUCAGUCAGAGAAGGAGGGGGCCCAGCUUGCUGCAAGUUAUGGCCAAAGUCUUAGGACUUAAUUUCUCUUUGCAAAUAGAUUUAUAUUGGAAGUGCCUGGGUUUAGUUUCCUGUCCUUGAGUCAUCAUGGAACCAAUACAUUUAGCUUUGUGGUGGUCCUGCUCUGUGUGUUGCUUGCUUGCUUUUAUGGCAAAAGCGUUGUACAUGUGCUGGAGGGCACACAGAAUAUUGGAGCAGACCUUCAGCUGCUCCCUCAGCAUUACUCAAGUUAAUGGUACUAAGGGGAAAAAAGGAGGUGAGGAUGCAGCAUCAUUUCUGUAGUAGCAAACAAACCCACAGGUGCUUGUGUAUCAAAAUCCAGAUGAAAGCAUCCUGCUGGCAAAAACUAUAGAGAAUGGUAAUAUCAGCUAGUUAAGCCACAGAUACAGCUGGAAAAAGCAAGCAUGCUCCUGAGUGUGCUGUCAGUAAUUACAGUAACAUCACUGGCCCCUCUGCCAGCUCCCACUGCUUAACCGCCACAGAUCUGUCACAGCCCCAAGGGCACUGGUUUGACAGAUGUAGGGAGAUACUGCUGAGGAUGUACAGGGAAGAAGGAAGGUCUUCAUUGUCAAUCACAUGUUGUUGCUUUUAAUCUUUGCCAGUGUUUAUGCUGUUCCACACAGUUAAAUUAGCUGCUGUGCAAAGCCUCUUAACUGCCAUUUUUAGGGAAGUAAACUCCCAUGAAGAGAGAGAUGGAGAAAUCAGAGGUCUGCAUCUGAAUCGCUUUAGUUGCUGUAUUUGGUUUGUUGAUGAAUUGGUCAGUGCUUUAGGUUAGCUUGAAUACCAUCUGGUCUCCUUUUCAAACUUUUAAAAAAUUAUUUUAAUUAAAAAAAAAAAAAAGCCAGACAUUGAAUUUCCACAAAGAAAGCUUGCAGAAAAAUAGGAAGUUCCUGCUCUUUGAUGUUUGAGACAUCCCUACUGGGUUUUGAUGGAAGAGAGAAGAAGCUCAGAAUGACAAAAUAGAGAAAAGGUGGCUGCUGGAAGAACAUGAAGAGAGAUACUGGCAGAGGAGAGCAUGAAACUGUUCAAUUUUAAGGACCAGUGUAGGCAGAACAGACUGGAUGCAGCUGAAAAAUUUGGAUUAUGACUCAUAUCUGCAAAUCUUGUCUGGCAUCUUGCAGAGGACAUGGUAAUCUCUGUGCUGCUGAAACAUGCAAUCUUUUGAGAAGUUUGCACCCCUCAGAAUCAGGAGUGCUGCAGCUCUGUGCACUGCUCACUUCCAGUGGAUCACGGAUAUGACUAUCCAUGGCUUCCUCAAGGUAAAAGACAGUCUUUUUGCAUGGCAAGUACCAAGAGUGGUAUGAAGCCCUCACAGAAUUGUCCCAUGUUGUCUCCAUUUCCCCCCAGCCUGUGCGCUAAUCUGAGAAACUGAGUUUAUUCCUGAGAGGUGAAGUGCCUUCCUCUCUCCCUGGCUUGCACUUGACUUAGUUUUGACACUUGCAUGGUUUCAGCUCACCUUGCCCCCCCAGCACUGGUGGUUCUCACCUCUGCUGGCAAAGCCAGCUGCUGUCACCUCUCUUCAUCCCCCUGUGUGUGGAGGAUGCUUUAGCCAAGGCAUUUGGGGGUUUACACUGCAGAACAAAUCCAAGGUUUUUUUCCCUUCUGUUUGUUCAAGGCUAACAGGCGAGGAGCAGCUCUCUGAGCCUAACUUAGAGCAACACCUGAAAACCUACACCUGGGUAUGCAAGAUCCCACAGGAUCCUCAGGCACAGUGUAAGUGAAGUAAAAGAUGGGGAAUCAGUCCCAUAAGGUAGGACAAGCAAGGCCAAAAUUGAUCCCCCAUUGCCAAGUAGGAGGAACACAUGACAUGGUGAGGACUUGCCUUGGCCCAGGGGUUUCCCUGCUGCGCAGCCCAGAUCCAAAUCCCACCGAGGGUCUGUUAGAGGUGUGUGUGCUUUGGGGUGGGUGUUUGGCAUCUGAGCUGGACCAGCAUCCCCAGUGUGUCAGAGGGGUGAGGGAGCUGCUGCAGGCACUGAGCCCUGCCCAUGCACUCCAGCCACUGGAGUGGCCUUGGGGCCCAGCCUAGGACCAGCUCUGGCAGGCUGAGAGUGCUGCCUCUACUCCCUUCUAUAAAUGCCUGAUCCAAGCUCUUUUGUCAUCCUUGCUGAGUCCUGCUGCUGUGAAGUCAUUCCCUGGCUGGGAGCUGCUCCAGGACGUUUGGUAUUAAUGGCCUCUGUGCUUUUUACUCCAACAGCAUUUUUAUUUUCCCUCCCACACAGCUGCUGGUGGGAGGUGCUGAUUCAUGCCAGCGACCUGCCCAGUCCUGGAGCCCAAAGGCAGCCAGGGAGAGCUGGGCUCCUGCCACAGGUGCUGAAGCAAGCCCUGAGCUGACCUUAGUGAAGUGAAUGGAGCCAGGGCUGUUUAUGCCACGGGGGAUUUUCCCCCAGGAGUUCAAAGUGCUUUGGUGUGCCUGGAUGUAUCAGGACAUAUGCUGUUAAAACUGCUAUAUGACAGGCACUGUGCAUCCUGUGUAAAUGUGGCUGUUUCAUUACUGAGCAUUGGCGAUUUUGUGUGGGGCAUAUGUUUUCCCACAACACAGAAGUUCAUUUUAAAAAUACCCUGUUCUGUAGGCUUUCCCUAAUGACUAUUUUCCCCCACACAUUGAUUAGGCAACAGCAUAUGCCAGCAUUUCUUCCUUAAAAGUAAAAUCUGGCACGCAGCACACAGAGCAUGAAAUAAUAAGAUAUGAUUAAAGCAAUAGCUGGAGCUAACCAAAGCCAGAAAACUUGUGGCUGAAAGGUCAAACCUUUUUUAAAAUUGCCUUUGCAGUGGCCUCUUUGUUUGCAGAUGCUGGGACUUGGGAGGGAAAGUCUUGUAAUGAAAGAGCAACUGUCAUAGAAAAUUUCACCCUCAGUACAAGCCAAACAAGCUUUCACCUGCAUUGGAAGGCAGGUCCUUGUAAUGGAAAUGUCAGCCUUAGGGCAGGUAUCACUUUCCAGUGUUACCUGCACUGCUGUGAGAGGUGAGCCAGGAAUGGUGCUAAAUGGGUGCUAAAGUCAGCACCUCUCGGCCAGAGAAACAGGGUGAUUCUGUAAUUAAGGAUACUGAGCUGGGGAUGGUGUGCCCUGCAACGCAUUUUCAGUGUGACUUUCACCAGUUUUUUCUAAGUUGCCAGCAGCUUGUUUUGGGUAUCUGAGAGCUUCAGAGAAAGAGUGAAAGAGCAGGGCACUUAGACCCACGUCUCUAACAGCAAUUCCCCUCAAAACCCUGCAAUUAGAUGUUCCAACAAUAAUAGAGAUUUUGCAUGUGUGGUCCAGCCCCCCUGUUAAAGAAGCAACUCAGCACGUGUUCUGUGAGGCCAGCUUGGUUUUGGUCCUUGUUUUUGCACCUUCCCUGGGUCUGACUGGUCCCUGGGACAACCUGAGCACCACAUGAUAAAGGUGUGAGUGCAGGCUAGUGCCAUGGCUGGGUUCUGUCUCUGGGAAUGUUCAUGCUGCUUGUCUGGUGUUCCAGAAUAGCCUGGUUGCACGUGAAUUAGUAGGGAAAAAAAGUUCUUUUGCCAUGAGGGGACAGACUGCUGUUUUGAGGGCUGGGGGAGUCUUUCCAAAGGCAGCAGUGAAUUAGGCUGAAAAUGCAAUGGUGUGCUGGACAAGCAUCAGACUGAUUCCUGUGCCCUUCCUCCUGUUCCCAUUCCCAUGGGAUGCUUCUGCAGCUGAUUUUUCCCAAAAAAAAUCAGGCUCAGUGUGCCUCAUCUGAGUGCUGGCAAAGCCACCCACUGUGGCUUGCUUUUUCUCAUAUCCAGAGUAGCAGAGUCUCUUUUAAGGUCUCUUUUCCUGUUUGGAUCACCUUCCCACUGUCAGGGUUACUAGACAAAUUUACACAGAUGGAGCAUCUUCCUGCUAUUUUCAUUUCCCAAGGCUGCCUUUAAGCUUAAGCCUUUUAAGAUUUUUUGAUAAGCACACAGCAUUUCAUACAAAGGGCCUAAAAUCGGGGUAUGCAAAAGGAGAAGGAUAUUCUAAGGGGAAAAGAUGCUAGCAAAAUAUCCUCCUGCAUUUUGUAGGUUGUGCUCUCUCUUUCCUAGGCAUUUUUUGCAGUUGGGUUUUGUUCUUUGUGCCAGUGGUGAUUCGAAAAAAGGUGAUGGAAAAUUUCUUGGGGGAUUCCUUUUGCUGUGUGAAUACUGCUGUCAUAAAAUGGAUCUCUCAACACUGUAUUUUCAGUGCAAUUAUGUGCAAGGGCAUAAUCGGAUUAUUUUUUUCAGUACAUACAUUGUUCAGUAAUAAAAACUUUAUUCUGAAAUCAUUACAA